UGCAGCCAGGACCAAGCAGAGCACAUGGGGGGAGAGGCGUCCCAGCUGCCCCUGGGGCCCAGGGUGCCCCAGGACGCAUCCACCAAGAAGCUCAGCGAGUGCCUCAAGCGCAUUGGCGACGAGCUCGACAGUAACAUGGAGCUGCAGAGGAUGAUCGCGGCUGUGGACACAGACUCCCCCCGAGAGGUCUUCUUCCGAGUGGCGUCCGAAAUGUUCUCCGACGGCAACUUCAACUGGGGCCGGGUUGUCGCCCUCUUCUACUUUGCCAGCAAACUGGUGCUCAAGGCCCUGUGCACCAAAGUGCCUGAGCUGAUCAGGACCAUCAUGGGCUGGACACUGGACUUCCUCCGAGAGCGGCUGCUGGGCUGGAUCCAGGACCAGGGCGGUUGGGACGGCCUCCUCUCCUACUUCGGGACCCCCACGUGGCAGACCGUGACCAUCUUCGUGGCCGGGGUGCUCACCGCCUCCCUCACCAUCUGGAAGACGAUGGCCUGAGGCCACCGGCUGCCUUGGACUGUGUCUUUUCUGCAUAAAUUAUGGCAUUUUUCUGGGAGGGGUGGGGAUUGGGGGUCAGGGGCCCUCUUCU